GCUGCAUCUAAUUAACGCGUCUAGCCCACCCGUCGACUCGCGAUCUAUUUCAUCCCACUUGGGCUUCUCCAGCUCCUUCUCCUCCAAGGUAACACUGUCGAAGCAACAAACGCAACACUUCUUCCACCCUUUUGGCGAUACAUACCCUCCUCCUUCCAGUGCAUCUCAUCUCGGUGUUGUCCUUGAAAUCAUAUUAAUCCUCCAUCUACCACCACAGCCGCCACCAUGUUGGAAGCCAGACUUGAGCAGGCGCAGCUCCUGAAGAAGGUGGUGGAUGCCAUCAAGGACCUGGUGCAGGACUGCAACUUCGACUGUAACGACUCGGGCAUUGCGCUGCAGGCCAUGGACAACUCGCACGUAGCGCUUGUGUCCAUGAUGCUGAAGGCUGAGAGCUUCAACCCAUUCCGAUGUGACCGCAACAUCGCCAUUGGUCUGAACCUCGUCUCGCUCACCAAGGUGCUACGCGCCGCCCAGAACGAGGAUAUCUUGACGCUCAAGGCCGAAGACGCCCCCGACUCGCUCAACCUUACCUUCGAGAGCAGCGACAAGGACCGCAUCAGCGAGUACGACCUCAAGCUCAUGGACAUCGACCAGGAGCACCUCGGCAUCCCCGACACCGACUACUCUGCCACCAUCUCCAUGCCCAGCGCUGAGUUCAAGCGCAUCUGCACAGACCUGAUGGCCAUGUCUGAAUCUGUCACAAUCGAGGCAGGCAAGGAUGGCAUUAAGUUCGCUUGCAAUGGCGAUAUUGGCAACGGUUCCAUAACGCUGCGCACCGUCCAGGACGUUGAGAACAAGGAGAACAACAUCGAGAUCGCGCUGACAGAGCCCGUCUCGCUCACCUUCUCGCUCAAGUAUCUCGUGAACUUCUGCAAAGCCCAAAACCUGUCCAAAACUGUCAAGCUGCACAUCUCUAAUGAAGUACCGCUCUUGGUCGAAUACGCCAUGGAGGGCGGUAGUUAUCUGCGCUUCUACCUUGCGCCCAAGAUUGGAGACGAGGAGUAGAGCGCGGUGGAGGAUUCACAAAUAUCACAAGAUAAUACCAAUUUUGCUGGCAUAAGGGGCGCGCGGCUACCUAGCGUUAUGGCCUACAUUGUGGAUAUGGUACGGAAAAGAACUAACCAUUUGCUACAGGCACAUGUCUUCUUCCCAUUGGGAUUUCCCAAGACAUAUGAUCUCGCAUAUUGUCGAGACACGAUACAGGCCAAUAAUGAGAUACACCAUCCAACUUCUACCAAUUGUUGAUCUGUGCCGUGCCAUGCCAUGCGCCCUUCUAGAAAGCGUUAGUGCGGGGUUUCGCAGAGUUUGGCGGGGUCGAGGACCCUUCCAAAUGGGACCAAAAAAAAAAAAAGAAGACUG